AUGCGCCUCUUUCUAGAACUUAGUCCUCAACCAUCUUUACUAAAGCAGACCAUCGUUAGUGAAGCCCAGUCAAAAUUUGUGAACGAACGGGUCAACCAAAUUGAAACGUACUUUGGUGAUUUAUGUUCAGAGUUUGUCAGUUACACUCGUCGGACUGCGAAACUGAGAAACAAUGGAGAUGAACUGUCCAAAAUUCUGCUUAAUUACUCAGUCAACGAAAAGAUCAACCGCACUUCUGCGCAUACUCUGAAAAAGUUUGCGGAACUGAUUUCUAACAUUGAGGACUACCGGCAUGCCGAGGUUGAUCGUCUGUUUGCUAAGGUAAUAACUCCGCUCUCCCGCUAUGGGGAUGAGGUGAAAAAGAUACGGGCUAACCUUAAAGCUGAAUUGUCUGCUCGAAAAAAGGAGAUCGCUCAGUUGAAACGACUUGGCCAGAACAGCGUUCCUUCGAGAGCUGUAAGUCAUACUUUCUUGCCAGCUUUUUGUCAGCUUGCUUUGGUAAUUCUCAUAUAUAUUUAA